AUGAAUCAGAACACACAUUUCCGCAUUCUCGGCCAGGUUUUCUGUCCUGAAUCAGGUUUACCAGUACAAGUAAAAAGCAUUAACUCAGAAGUGUUGGUUAGUAUUUCUCAAAUAAUAAUCGAAGACAAAGAAGGAAAUACCACACUUCCAGAGCAAGAAGAAGUAGUAAUGAAAGAAGCAAGUUCAAAUAAUGUUAGUGAUAAUACCAGCAAAAAAAACAAUAGCGGCAUCUUUAUGGAGCGUAUAUGUUCGCUAAUAUCCUCAAAUUUAGAUCGACAGGAUUUACCAUCGUCUGUAAAAGAAAAAUUGGCGGUUUUUGAUUCAUUGGCUCGAAGAAAGAAAAUGACAACGGGUUUAAGCCCGAAUGAGGGGCCCGUUGAUAGCAAUGCAAGCGUAUAUAACGUUAACAACUCGCUGCAACAAUCUGCAUCACUUAUCAAUAAGGAUUUUACACUACAACAAAAUCCCAGAGAUACUUCAAUUCAACGAAAAGGUGAUAUUGUUGAAUCUUCCUUAUCAUCAAAAAUUUCAAAACAAAAGGAAUCGGCUCAAUCAGUAGUCAUGGAAUCCAAUGUAACUCCAUUCAAAAGAAAUUCAAGCGUAAAUACAGAUUUAAACAAUUCAUCGGCUCCAAAAAAAUCUAAGGUUAAUUCAAAUCAUCAAAAAGGUGAUGAAAGAUUCGCAACAAAAACCAGUACGAGUUUUUCAUCAAAACCGUUGGAGCCUAAAACAAGACGGGAUGUCGGACCAGAAUCUAAUUCAAGCACUCUCCCCGCAAAUCCUUUUAGUAACAUCUUUACUUAA